UUUUAAUGGCGACCGGACCGACUUGCUGCCUACUACGUGUUUGACAUAGAAGACACUUUUGUAGCCGAUUCUAGAGCGUUCCCAAAGCCACUCGAACUGCGCAGAGAGUGGAUAUUGUUGUCAAAACACUAUUUGUGAAUACGCACGCUGCUGCCAUACGCCAGUCGAUUCUGAUCUCCAUUUCCCACACCCGGACCUCUAGAGAAAAGUGUGUGUCUGUGUCGCAAAGUGCCUGAAUUUUCGUUUUGCCCGUCGUUGGCUCGCGAAGUCAAAUUACCCAUAAUGGCCAGACUCACAAAGGUCUACAACACGGACGACGACGACUCCGGUUACGUUGGUCGCAGAAAUUUGCCCCUGGUGGCUGGCGAUAAAUUAAUGAUGCUCAUGGACCUGAACAGCAAAGGUCUAGUGAUCGACAGUCCGCUGAUCCGCGGACGUGAACUGGAGGAGUUUUCACGGAAAUUCAAACUGCUCACAGAGGCCGAGCGCCGGCAAUCGCUGGAGAUCGACAGUGCCAGUUUUAUGGAAGUCCUCAAUCAAUGUGUCCAGUGCGUUGGCUGCCGCAGACGCGUAGAGCGGUUGUUUCACCAACUAACCGAGACGGGGCACCGAACACUUGAUCCGCUGGAACUGCGACCCACUGCCACCCUGGGCAUUGUGGAGGAGAAGCUUAAGACUCCGCAGGCACUGGGAACGCUGCUCUACCGGCACCAUGAGGUUCUCAACAACCUGCUGGACAACAAACUGCGAAACAAGACGCGCUGCGUUCUUCAUUCGCUGGACGCCUUUCGUGCCAAACCCUUUUCGGAGACAUGGCGAGAGGUGUGGUCCGCCAUGAAGAGUAACUGCCGCAACGAGUUAACCAUCAUCGAGACAAAGGAAUUGCACGACGUACUGGAGAACUACCUGAAGAAGCACAAGUUUUGCUCUGGCUGCCGUACAAAGAUUGAGCGCGCCUACAAAAUACUCAUUGGUGAAAUAUCGUCCAAGGAGAAGGGCUAUGCGGCCCAGUUGUACGCUCAUAUUCGGAAGUGCGUGCCCGACCAGCACAUCCACGUGACCACAAACAAGAUAGAGUUCCUGGACGCGCUGAUCAAGCGGGCCGAGCCCGAGGUGAACGGUAGCUACUCUAAACUGCGCGAGCGCCACGCUAAGACGCUGGAGAUUGCCCAGGAAGAGGUGCUGACCUGCGUGGGCAUGAUUAUGUACGAACGGCUGCGUCGCAUCUACGUCAGUCUGCGGGAGGAGGAGCGCGCAUGCCAGGUGCUGGCCGCUGUGGGUGUCCACGCCCUUUGCCGCAGCUUUGACACGUUCGUGGAGCAGAAGCAGGGAAUCAGCAAUCUGGAGCUACUCUACCAAGAGAUCAGCCGUGCUGAGAGGGCCAAGCAGAUCAAGCGCGAGCAGAAGAAGCUCAAGAAGAAGAAGAAGAAGGACGAGAAAAAGAACUUGCUGCACCGGCAAUGCGACGAUACCGAGGCCAACGAGUCUGACGAGGAGGAGGAAGAGUUGCGGAAUGAGGAACUAGACCUGGAGGAGGAGAGUCAGAUGCAGCAUGAGGAGCUAAGCGAUCCAGGUGCGGACGAUGGCAUUGUUAUAGAGGCAGCCCGGAGCCCGGAGCCCGAACCCGAGCUAACGUCCAAGCCAACGAAAUCGAAACCGAAGAAGCAAUCGAAGAAAAAGAAGCAGAAGAAAGCGGCCUUCACAAAGAUGGGCAACCAAAAGCAGAUGCAAGCCACGGCUAGGGUCCAGCCGCUGGAUGCUGAUCACGAUCAACUUGACGUGGCCAGUUGCAUUUCGUCAAGCAUCGCCAAAACGGUUGGCGAUAAGUGCGAGGAGUGCCUGGCGUCCAUGCCUAACUGCCCGUGCGAGCAGGAUGUGCGCGAUUCUGGAUACGGCAGCGAUCCACCUUCGCAUGCCGGCUCUCGGACAUCUAGCGCGAUUUCGUCACCAGAAGGCUCGGAAGUGUCUUGCUCGGAUGGACUGUGUAAUCACGACGUCCACGAUGAGGACUCAGACGACUUGCUCUUCUACAGUCACCAGUCGCAGUUGGAUCACAAGUUUUCAUUGUUGCAGAUGUGGGACGACUUCGACGAAUACGACGACAAAGACGAGGAGACAUAUUACAUUCCCCAGGAGGUGGUUAUGGCCUUCAAGUGCCACCGGGAGCAAGUGCAGCGAAAGCGAGAGGAGCUCCGCGCAAAACUGCGCGCCAACUUCGAGCGACUGUGCGUGCAGCACGGCGUUCAGACGCAGGUGCAGAAAUCGAAGCGGACGACUUCUGCACUGGUUGGCCAAUGAAACGCAUUAAACCGUUGUAGUUAUUCAGUCGGGCGCAGCGAUUUUAAAAAAUCCGCCCGCAUGCAUUCAAAGUACAUAUAAUUUUUGUUUUUGAAAUAAAUGAAGUAUACAAGUUAC